UAAGGCCCUGCCUCCGAGGGAGUGACCGCCGCUGCAGGUACUCGCAGGCGGGGGACGAGGAAACGCGGGCGGCUGCCGAGCGUAGAGACCCAGAUUCAAGUCACCAGAAUUACUCUUGGGUACCUACCAGGUAUAUAGAGUUCUGAAGAAGACAUCGUUCGCAUUGCCAAUGAGUGAGGUGUUCACAUUACAAAGCAAACAGGCGGAGAGAGACUCGGAAGGUGAAGAGGAUGACAUGACAUGUGGAGACUUGGGAAAUGGACUUGGUAGAAGACCUGGUGGUGUCUAUGAAAUGGAAGGUUUAAAUGUGCACACAUUUAGAUCUAGGAAAGGGUCUGAUAAGAUCUUCAGCCCGCUUCUGCUAAAGAGAGGGGAAGAAAGUGAUGCUGCAAUUUUUCACUAUUCAAAAUGCAAUGGUUUGUAUGAUGUGUCAUCCAAAAAGCCUGGGAUAAGUGGCAUUACUAGAUGCAGCCGACAAAAUAGUUCUGAGUCUAAUUCUGACGUGUCAAAUGAAGAAUUAAGGCAACAACUUCGAGAGGCAAUAGAGGAGGUAGAGAUUUUAAAAGUAGAGCUUGAAGCAUCGCAGAGACAACUUGAAGGAAAAGAAGAAGCCCUUAAAAUUCUGCAAAAUAUGACAGUGUUUAAUAAAGCCACUAGUCAUACAAAAGCAAUCCUUCAAAAAACUGAGGAACAAAAGAGAGCUUUGGAAAAGGAAAUAAAUGCUUUGCAAUGGGAAAUAGAAUUUGAUCAAGAAAGGUUUAAAAACAUAGAAGAGGCAUGGACAGAAAAAUGUGACAGGAUAUAUUGUGAAAAUGCAGCCCUUAAGAAAACAUUGAAACUCAGAACAGAUGAAGUUAGAACUCUUAAAUCUGAAAAUGCAAGAAAAGAGAAGAAGUUACUUGAGGUGGGCUACAGCUAUUUUUUGAAUCAACAGCACUUGGAGUUUCUUGCAAUGCUUGAUGUAAAACAACAGAAGAUUAUUCAGGAAAAUAUGUCCAUUAAUAGAAGUGGCUUUAUGGAAAUUACAGGUCUUGAACUGGCAGUUCUUGGAGCCUGCACCUGUAAUGCUUCUGGAGGAGAGCCCUGUUCCUGUGCUAAAAUGUCAGCUGCAACUCGAAAGCAGCUCCUUCAGCUCAGACAAGAGUGUGAAGCUCUGAAGAAGAGUAAAGAAGAAGCGUAUAUUAUGGCAGAUGCCUUCAGAAUUGCGUUUGAGCAGCAAUUAAUGCAGAGGAAAGACCAGGCUUUGAGGCUCACACAAGUGAAUAAGAUCUGUAAAAAAGAAACAAAACUUAUAAACUGGAAACGUCUGAAAGAGGAUGGACUUGUGAUGUUGCAAGGGAACAAGAAAAAUCUGGGACAAAAGUUGACGGGUAUGCUUAUUUCUGAUGCUGACUGCAGGAAAAUGGAAGAACUAGAUAAUCCUCAUGAAAUCCUUAGGAUGCUGAUAGAUUUGCUGAAUGAUAAAGAAGAGGCUUUGGCUCAUCAAAGAAAGGUUAGUUAUAUGCUGGCCCGUGCAAUGGAGGAAAAAGAAGAUGCAUCAAAGCAGAGUAACGAAAACAAUCUUUCAGGAGAGAACAUUACUCUGAAGAACCAUCAGGAUACAGCUUCAGAAUCUCAAGAAUCAACUGAUCCUGAAUAUUCAUGUUGCCAAAAUCUUGGCUCUCAGGACAAUACUUUCUCAAUUCUCAACACGAAAAUAUAUCAAAAAUCAGCAGGACCACUUAAAAAAUCACAUUCCUGGCCAUCCAGGAAUUUAAAAGAAAAUUAUGUGCAAGGGACAGAUGAAACUACAGAUAUGAAUUGUACAUAUCAAGAGCACUCAGAAUUAAAAAAUAACUUGUGAUAAUGCCAAGGCACAAGUAAAUUUAAACUCUAAUUCUGUAAUAAAAAUCUGAAAAAUUUGGUUUUAUGAACUACUUUUCUAAAGAACAUAUUUCCAUACUCCGGUUAAAAAUGUUGAUACUUAUUUUUUUAAUUAUGUUGUACUGUAAUAAGCCUUUUUAGACUUUGUAAACUGUUUACUGUCUGCUUCUGUGUGUGCCUGCUAUUAUGAAAAAAAGUCGGCCAAAAGUUUUUGGAAGGAUUGGUCUAUUAAUCAAGAUAGCUUGUUUUUGCUGCGGGGAAGACGUUGCCUUUUACCUGUUCUUUUCCUCUUAUAUCUGAUAACCAAAUUAAAGACGUUAAAAAGCCA